AGAUUCCGGAACUGCUGGAUAAAAACACUAGUGCAACGUGAAUCUCGAGUUCAGUGUAGUGCAGGUGUAUGAUCGGAACUGUUGUUAAUCCUAAUUUUAUACAAAUAUAUAUUGGUUCCAACAGUAAAGCUCCAUGGCAGCACUAAAAUAUGCAGGUUUGGAUGAUACCGAUAGUGAAGACGAAUUACCUCCCGGCUGGGAAGAGAGAACUACAAAGGAUGGAUGGGUUUACUAUGCAAACCACGAUGAGAUGAAGACGCAGUGGGAACAUCCAAAGACCGGGAAAAAGCGACGUUGUGCUGGAGAUUUACCGUAUGGAUGGGAACAAGAAACAGAUGACAAAGGCCAAGUCUUCUAUGUUGAUCACAUUAACAAGCGGACCACGUACUUUGACCCCCGGCAAGCGUUCACCGUGGAGGACGUGCAGCACAAGCCCAAACGCUACGACGCCAACACCCCUGCUCUGGAGAUCCUGCAGGGUCGCGACCUCUCGGACAGGGUGGUGGUCAUCACGGGGGCCAACUCGGGCAUCGGUUUCGAGACGGCGAGGUCUUUCGCCCUUCACGGAGCUCACGUCGUCCUGGCCUGUCGGAACAAGACCCGCGCCAACGAAGCCGUCGGCCUGAUCCAGAAAGAGUGGCACAAAUCCAGGGUGGAAGCCAUGAACCUGGACCUGGCCUCGCUCAGCAGCGUCAAGGAGUUUGCUGAGGCCUUCAAGGCCAAGAACCUAGCCCUGCACAUCCUGGUGUGUAACGCAGCCGUGUGCACCCAGCCCUGGAAGCUGACCGAGGACGGGCUGGAGUCCACGUUCCAGAUCUGCCACCUGGGCCACUUCUACCUGGUGCAGUGCCUCCAGGACGUCCUGCGACGCUCGGCCCCCGCCCGCGUGGUGGUGGUGUCCUCCGAAUCGCACAGGUUCACAGACCUGGUGGACACGUGUGGGAAGGUGGACCUCGCGCUGCUGUCUCCUGCUAAGAAAGACUACUGGUCCAUGCUGGCGUACAACCGCGCCAAGCUCUGCAACAUCCUCUUCUCCAACGAGCUUCACCGCCGGCUCUCCCCCAACGGCGUCUGCUGCAACGCCGUGCACCCUGGGAACAUGAUGUACACCUCCAUCCAUCGCAGCUGGUGGCUGAUGACGCUGCUCUUCAACUUGGUCCGCCCCUUCACCAAGUCCAUGCAACAGGGCGCGGCCGCCAGCGUGUACUGCGCCGUGGCCCCGGAGCUGGAGGGGCUGGGCGGGAUGUACUUCAACAACUGCGUCCGCUGCCCGCCGUCCGCCGAGGCCCAGAGCGAGGCCGCCGCCGCCGGCCUGUGGGAGCUGAGCGAGCGGCUGGUCCGCGAGAAAGCCGGGGCAGGGGCCCUCUAACGCCCCGGUCCACACGCAGCCAGCCGCGGAGGAAGACAAAAAGGAGGGGAGGGGAGAAAGGAGGACGAGGAGGUCGGGGGGUUGGGGGGUGGUGGUGGUGGUGGGGGUGGUGGGGGUGGUGGGGAUGAGGGGGGCGUUAACACGGAUGUGUACUGUACUGUACAAGAAAGCUGCCAACCCUGGAUCUUAUCCAGGCAUAUGGUGUAGAGGUUUCCAUGCCCCUUGGAUACAGAUUAAAUAGCGUUAAGUGAAAUCGCUGCAGUCGCGAGACAGUCAAAAUGUUAAGCGCUGCUGGGAAAUGGGACCGUGGCAGGUUAGAAGGGACGCCGUCUCUCCCUCCCUCCUUUACCCCACUCCCCUCAGUGUCUCUAGAGCUUGUACUGGCUGCGUGUCUCGCCUUGGGAAAAUGCCUUCGGCCGACUGGUGUUUCCAGCAUAUUUAUCGUUUUCUUUUUAAAGUAAGAUGUUCUUGUGUUAACACCCACAGAUUCCCCAGAAGGGGCCCUGUUUGCUUUGAGUUGAAACUAUUUUUAUUAAUGGAAUUCCACCCGUACGGGUCCAAAUCUUCUUAUACUCUUUUGAGGAGAAAAUAAAUUUAAAGAACGCUAUUCAAUUUUAGUUGUCUAUAUCUGUAGUUGUAUAGCAAUACAGAUAUAGAAAACGUUGAAAUUUCUUCUUACUACGGAAGAUAAAAGGAAAUUGACGAUGCAAACAGGCUUGAGUGUAUGCACUAUAUACAGAAAAGAGAGCUCUGGUACAUAUUUGAGUUUGAUCCACCUGAAGAAUCCAAUAUGAAUUAAAUCCUGUACAUCUGGUUGUUUGGUUCUACUGUACAUUUAUAUCGAGUGUUGAGUUAAUGUGCUAAUGUGUCAGGACAUUAGAAAGGAAGACUUGUUGAUGUUGUUGUAUUUCAUUAUGCAAACUGUCAAGACUAAGGACUCCCAACCUACAUUUUCUUAAUAAAAAAGUCAAAAACUCGGAGAAAGAAUAAUACUAAUUACAAGUAAAAUGCUUUUGAGGGAUUAUAUUGGGUCAAAAUUGUAUCCACAGCAAUAGAUGGUGCCAGAGAGAGUUAAGUUAGUCUUCUUCUGGGAUUUUGUCUCCGCUCGCUGAGGCACGGAGAAGUCUUUUUUUUUUUUCUUUUCUGAUCUUAAUCAAACAUGCGUAGAUAUUUUCACUUUAAGAGAAGUCCUUCACUAUUUUGUCGUCGCCGAUGUCGUCUUGAUUUAGUCUUUAGAAAAGAAAUGGAGUCGGAGGGAAAAGUGAAGCAGAGAGGCAGAGUAGGAGGAAGCGCUGAAGGGUGUCUCCGGGGGUGAUGUCAUCAUUCUUAAAUGUUGUGCUUUGUGGCAGUCCUGAUGCCAUUGGUUGCUCUAAGCCGUCAGCAAUCUGUUGUAAUGUUUUCUGCAAAGACAGAGAAAGAGGAUACAUUAAAACCCAUUACUCACGAAACCCAAAA